UAUAGAGCAUUUGAUAUACGUUUUCUUCUGUUAUAACCCCACAUUUCCAGGACGUCUCCUCACCUAAUUUUAUUUGCAGGUAACCGCUUGAAAGAUCCAAGGAACUAUAAUAUUUACAACUUCCUACCCUUUCCAUAAUAGAAUCUAGUCUUGGUAAAGGAUAUCUGUCGGGGAUUGUUAUGUCAUUUAACUUGCGAAAAUCGAGGCAAGGACGAAUCCCGCCGUCCUUCUUUUGUACAAUUACGAAAGGAGUAACCCACGGAGUUUCGGAUUCUAUCAUAAUUCCACAUGACAAUAAUUUAUCAAUAUGCUUUUUAAGUUCCUCCUUAUAUUUAUAUGGCAUCUUCCGAGGAGGAGAAGUGAUUGGUUCCUCAGUAGUGGUAACUAUAUUAUGGUCGCCUCCCGUAAAUGAUCCAAGAUCAUAUUGAGAUUUACUGAAAAUGUCCUCAAACUCAUUUAAUAGAUCUUUUAAUUGGUCAAGUUCAUUUCCCUCUACUCCAGAUUUGGAUAAGUCGAUUUUGUAAUUGGGGUCUAUUUCAGUUUCUAUGUCUAUUUUUGUUUUCUUUUCAGGUUCUUCACUAAACGAACCAUCUUCAUUCAAUUUUAUUUCAUUAACGUAGGCUAGAUGGGUUCCUUUAAAAAUUAUUUUGGGUUCAUUUGUAGGGUUUAUCAGUGCUAACGAGAUUCUGUCCGCGUACGGACCACAGAUUGACGGAACUAAUCCAAUAUGUGAGUUAGUCAGGUUUUUAUCCGGAUAGUCACUUGCCAGAUAACCUUUGAUUGGAAAAUUAUAAUCCAAUUCUGCCUCAAUAAUAGAUUGACUGUUAGGGUAUAUGGUUAAAUUUUGUAAAGCUCUUGCGCGAAUUCCACUAGCUAGUUUAUUUUCACUUAAAACUUCUAUCCAUUUGCCGUUUAGCAUUAAUCUUUUAUUGUCAUAGUCAAAUGCUAUUAAAUGGAAUUUACACAGUGUGUCCCCACCUAACAGUAUUUUAUAUUCCUUAUUGUUAAACCUCUCGUCAUC